CCGCUCCUUUUAUCAUCGUUGGAAUGAUUGUCCGUAAUUGGUAUCGUUAGAUUGAGUCACACAACUUUGGUGGCGCUGCGAGGCCUGGAUCGCUUGCUCGAGCACAAAUCCGGCAUGAAAAACCGAAAGCGAUCCCCGCUUUCCUGCAUGCGGGACAUUGUGAUGUGUAACAAACACACGGGCCGUACGCGGUACGAAAAGCGAUCGAUCUCUUGCGCGCCAGAUCCAACGGCUGCUUUUAAGUUUUAUAUUGUCAACGGGAUAUUCGGGAUCUAUUUGAGUUUUUAGGGCGAUUUAGGGUUUUAGCGAAUCCCGGUAGCGAUGCGAUGGAGCUCAGCACCGCGAAUUCCCAGCUUCCAUCGCUUGGAUCUGUUCUAGGCGGCUUAAUGCUGGCAGAUAAGCGCGAGAUUAAUCGCGCUUGCUUGCCGGGGAAUUCCAGCAGCACGAAUCAGCGCUUGGUUUAUUUGUUAGAACACGUGAAAUGUCUCUCCAACGACGAGGGAACAAUUGUGAAGAUUUGUGUUACUCUGCUAAGAGACCCUAAGAACCGGAAGAAGGCCCUUCUUAUAAUUCAAUGGCUGUUUCAAAAAGACGAAGCCUGGAAUCCAGUUGUGAAGACUCUCACGCUCUUAAUAUGCUCCACGGAGUUUGAUCGCUAUAUCAAGUUAGGGAGCUGCUUGGUCGUCAAAGAGCUGCUAGAUAACAUUUCGGGACAACGAGAGUUGGCGUCGAGGGAAUUCCAGUCUGCGACGAUAUUCUCAACGUGCGUGCCUCACCUUGUUGGACUAGUUCGUGACGCCAGUGUCAAGGACGGGAAUAAGAUACUUCCCACACGACUUACGAUUGCAGCUGCGGAUUGUGCGCUGGGAAUCACCAAGUUUCUCGCCUGCGCACAAGACACGAAUCUGGAUACUAGUCUCUGGGAUCAACGGGACAAAAUAUUGGCUCUCGUCUCUGAGCUCUACCAGUGGAAUUGCGACACACGUCUGUUGUAUGCAGCCGGAUUGAUGCAGGUCCAAAAUCAUCUUCGUCAAAUUGCAGCAAGUGAAGAUAAAUUCCUUUCGAGCUCCGUGCUGAGAUUAUGCUGGAAAGAAUACAGCAGCCUUUUGAUUUCCGAUGCACACACAGCAUCUUUUCCAUCUCAGAGUUUUCAAAGAUUUUUUACGGGGCUACAGCACCAUAUGCCAGAUGGGGAUCGUGAAAGCGAAAAAAGCUGGUCUAAGAUGCGUUGCUAUUUUCUGACGUGCCUCGCUCUUUUACUUGGACAUCUGGACGCUGACAAACUUGAUUCCCUAUCGCUUGAUGAUGGAGAAUUGUCACGACUUCUUUUGUGCAUGCUAUCUAGAAACGAGAAAGAAACCGUGGUUAUUGCAGUUGCGAUAUUGAGGUUUCUUCUGUCCAAAUUCAUAAACACCGAGAAGACGAGCAAAGAUUUUAUGGUCACAUUUGAGAAGAGUUUAAUGGAGGCUUUCUACAGAAACGAAAGGCCCUCAACCACGACCGUCGACUUUGUUGCAGAGUAUUUUCUACUCCAUCCAUCGCCAGAUUUACAAAGAGUGUUUCUUCUGAUUGAUUCGGAAAAUCUCUGUCGGCGACAAAACGGUAUUGACAUUCUUGAAACACUAGUGCGAAGAGUUUGCGACUCAAAAGCUUUGAACACUUCGUCUCUAAGUCAUAUUCUUGCAACGCAUUUGUUGAAGCGCGUCCACGAUGCGGUACUCAUGGAUCGUACUAGUGCCUCAGCGUUGUUUGUAAAACUUGAUCCAUCAGUUGUAAUGCCUUCUCUUAUCCAACUUCUAUACGAUCCCGAUCAGAAAGCUCAACAUUUUGCACGUUCAACGCUUCUUGCCGUUUUAGAACACAAUUCGGAUCAACGGCAAGCUGUGUCUGUCCUCCUGGACUGUGUUCGAAAUCUUUCUUUAGCUUCUCGAGCUGGAGAAGGUGGAACGAGUGUCCUCACCAGAAAAACAGAUAUUGAUCAAAUAAUGAGGCUUCUGCCAUCUUGGGCUCCUUCGGUGAAAGACUGGAACGUUUUGGCUAUUUUCCUCCUUGAGAAGAUGUUCAGUGAUCCAUCAAAUCCUUUGCUUCCAAGGUUUCUGAGUGAAAUCAGUAGCCACUUGGCUGAUGUGCACCAACUCGUUUUCGCGCGCACGCUUCAAGAAAUGUUGGAGGUUUCCACCAACAACAAGGACGUAGGCGAUCAAAAUCUCUUUCGGAAUCUUAGUCCACUGCUUGUGUUGAAGCUACUGCCUUUGAGAGCUUAUGAUGCAAUCGAAUGUGAAGAGCUAUACGCGCCUCUACAAGGAUUGCCACUAAGCUCCUCCAUAACAGGCAUGCUGAUUGAAUGGAUGUGUACCUCCGAAUUCGAUGAUGUGCGGAAGCUUUCAGCCGAAUUAAGUGGACGUCUUCUUCCUGAGGUACUGCUCCCGCUUGUGAUUGAUCAAUUAAGAAACGCUAUGAACAAUAUGGAUAUAUUGGCAGUUAAGUCGUGCUUGUAUUCAAUCUGCAGCUCACUUAUGACGAGGGGUUGCCAGAACCUUUCCAAUGACGUAAUGGGGCAAAUCAAAGCUCUCCUUACAACAAUGUUGCUCUGGCCUACAAAUUCAGAAGAAGUCCAGAAGGCACAACAUGGCUGUAUCGAUUCUUUUGCUUUUAUGAUCCGUGCCGAGUUUAACACCUCAAUGAUUCAGAUGAUCGACAAAGAUGAAGGAAAUAAGGUGGAGCGAGUUAUAAAUGUCGUUAUGUCUUGCCUGCAAAAUCGACCGUAUGCCAUAGCGACAUUGUGUGGCACGUCCCCAGCAGAUUUUUGCGGCUCGGUUAGUAUCCAGGACGCCAGUUGUGUUGCUGCUCCGGUCAGUUUUAGAGUGUGCAUGGCAAACGUCCUUAUAAGUUCCUCCUCCAAGAUAACAGCCAGCUCUCAUGAUGCAUUCUUGUCAGAAGUUAUUCCGGUGGUCUCCGCGCUGCUUAAGAGUGAAAGCGAAUCUAUAGUAAGAGCCGCGUGCGUUCAGGUGCUGUUUAGUGCGGUCUGUAACCUCAAGGAAGCAGCAUCAUUGCCCGCAUACGCAAAGACUUUGCUCCAUAUCUCCCUCGAUAGCCUGAACAACGACAAAGCAGCAGACGAGGAGAGGCUGGCUGGCGUGAAGCUGCUCGCUGCGCUCCUUGUGCACGAAUCCAUUCUCAAGGAAGUCGGUUCCUCACUGGUGAAUGCUUUGCAAGUUCUCUCCAGAGUUUCCAGGGCAGACCCCUUGCCGGAAGUCCGCAAGCUCUGUGAGCAGCUUCUAAGCUGCGUUUCUUCCUGACUUCCAUGUGUGAAGGUAACCGUUGUUGUUUGCUAGGUGAGAGUCGAGAGAAAAACCGGUCCAGCGAUCCUUUUGAUCGUAUCCUUUGCACCACCCAGCAAGAUCAACAUACCUGCCUUCUCCAUAGACUUCGACAGUGACGAUCCUCAUGCCGUGGCAAGUGGAAGAGAAAUCUCGUCCCGGGGUGACAAGGUAAUUAUCAUCGUUGCCAAUGUAAUCGUUAAGGUUGAUAUACGCUUUCUUUGGCCAUCCAUAGCUCCACUUGCAGCGAGCUCUCAAAACACCUGACUUGUAGUACUUGUAGCUUGAGCAACUUGUUGAAAAUGAUCCACAGUUUCAAGCA